AUCAGAGAGUGGACAAAAGUUUCUCUUGCUUUUGGUAAUUAAAGAUGCUGUUGCUGUGGAAACAGUUGUUCCUGCUUGCAUUUAUUGGCUGCCUUGGAGGUGAUGUGGAAUUACAAGGCCCAGUGUUCAUCAGAGAACCCAGCCACCAGAUUUUCCCUGUUGAUUCAGAGGAUAAAAAAAUAACUCUAAAUUGUGAAGCCAGAGGCAAGCCUACACCACAUUACAGGUGGCAGCUGAAUGGAAGUGACAUUGAUCUCAGUAUGGAUUAUCACUACAAAUUGAAUGGAGGAAAUCUUGUGGUUCUUAAUCCAAAUAUAAAUUGGGAUUCUGGAAUAUACCAAUGCUUUGCAAUUAAUUCAUUUGGGACAAUUGUCAGCAAAGAAGCCAAACUCCAGUUUGCUUAUCUUGAAAGCUUUAAAACUAAAUUAAAACGUACAGUAUCCGUCCGAGAAGGGCAGGGAGUUGUGCUGCUUUGUGGACCCCCACCUCACUCUGGAGAACUUUCCUACGCUUGGAUCUUCAAUGAAUAUCCAACAUUUGUUCAAGAAGAUAGACGGUUAUUUGUUUCUCAAGAGACCGGGCACCUUUAUAUAGCCAAAGUGGAACCAUCUGAUGUAGGAAAUUACACCUGUGUUGUGACGAGUACUGUAACAAACUCCCGAGUGUUUGGUUCACCCACUCCUUUGGUGUUACGCACUGAUGGUGUUAUGGGUGAAUAUGAACCAAAAAUAGAGGUUCAGUUUCCAGAAACACUUCCAGUGGCUAAAGAUUCGACUGUCCAAUUGGAAUGCUUUGCCCUUGGAAAUCCUGUGCCUCAGAUUAACUGGAGAAGAAGUGAUGGGCUGCCAUUUUCCAGUAAAAUAAAAACAAUGAAAGCAAAUGGGAUUCUUGAAAUUCCCAACUUCCAGCAGGAAGACUCAGGUUUAUAUGAGUGCAUCACUGAAAAUUCCAGAGGAAAAAAUAUUGCCAAAGGACGCCUCACCUAUUACGCUAAACCUCACUGGCUUCAAAUAAUACAGAAUGUUGAAGCUACAAUGGAGGAGAAUCUAUACUGGGAAUGUAAGGCAAGUGGAAAACCCAAACCAUCUUACAGAUGGCUGAAGAAUGGCAAAACCUUGGUGGUAGAGGGGAGAAUCCAAAUUGAGAAUGGAGCACUCACGAUUGCGAGCCUAAACCUAACAGACUCUGGCAUGUAUCAGUGCAUAGCUGAAAACAAACAUGGACUGAUGUAUUCUAGCGCUGAGCUCAAAGUUGUCGCUUUUGCUCCAGAUUUUUCUAAGAACCCAAUGAAGAAGUUAAUUCAGGUUCAAGUAGGCAGCCUGGUUAAUUUUGAGUGUAAACCAAAAGCUUCUCCUAAGGCAGUUUGUUCCUGGAAGAGGGGAGAUGAGCUACUCCAGGAAAAUGCAAGAAUAACUAUUUUAAAAGAAGGAGAACUCAGAAUAGCAAAUGUGACUAAACUGGAUAUUGGAACUUAUACCUGUGUGGCAGAGAACCCGUUUGGAGUAGCAAGUAGCACAACUAAACUAAUAGUUGCAGAGCCAACUAGGGUAAUUUUGGCACCAUCAAACAUGGAUGUUUCCGUUGGAGAGAGUGUGAUCUUGCCGUGCCAAGUUCAGUACGAUCCCCUGCUAGACAUUAUGUUCACGUGGUAUUUAAAUGGAGUCCCUGCAGAUUUUAAAAAAGACGGAUCUCACUUCGAGAAAGUAGGUGGGAGUUCAGCUGGUGAUUUGAUGAUUAGAAAUGUCCAGCUAAAGCAUGGUGGAAAGUAUGUCUGUAUGGUAGAGACAGGAGUAGACAGUGUUUCAUCAUCAACAGACCUUAUUGUUCGAGGUUCACCUGGACCCCCAGAAGGUCUGAAAGUGGAUAAAAUAACAGACACCAAAGUCCAAUUGUCAUGGAAAGAGGGAAUAGAUAACUAUAGUCCAAUUACAUCCUAUACAAUUCAGGCCAGGACACCUUUCUCUGUGGGCUGGCAGAGAGUCGCAACAGUGCCAGAGGUCAUUGAUGGGAAAACACUGACAGCAACUGUAGUCGAUUUAAACCCUUGGGUGGAAUACGAAUUCCGUGUUGUAGCUAAUAACAAAAUUGGAGGUGGAGAACCCAGUUCACCCUCAACAAAAGUAAGAACUGAAGAGGCAGCUCCAGAAGUACCCCCAUCUGAAGUAAGUGGUGGAGGAGGAAGUAGAUCUGAACUGGUUAUUACAUGGGAUCCUGUGCCUGAAGAAUUGCAAAAUGGUGAAGGUUUUGGAUAUGUUGUUGCCUUCCGACCCCUUGGCCUUUCAACAUGGAUUCAGACAGUGGUUACGUCUCCAGAUACACCAAGAUAUGUCUUUAGGAAUGAGAGCAUUCUAUCAUUUUCACCAUAUGAAGUAAAAGUUGGUGUUUAUAAUAACAAAGGGGAAGGGCCAUUUAGCCCAGUGGCUACCGUAUUUUCUGCAGAAGAGGAGCCUGCCAUAGCCCCAUCUGGUGUCUUUGCAAAUAGCAUUUCGUCUUCGGUAAUUGAGGUUUCCUGGAAUGCCAUUCCUUGGAAAAUGAGCAGUGGACGGCUUCUGGGCUAUGAGAUACGGUACUGGACCAAUGGAGAAAGAGAAGGCUCAACUAACCGAGUCAAAGUUGCAGGGAAUGAGACAACGGUGAGACUCCGAGGCCUGAAGAGCAACUUAACAUAUUACACAGCUGUACGAGCGUACAACAGUGCUGGCUCAGGACCCUUUAGCGCUACAGUUAAUGCCACCACAAAGAAAAUGCCUCCCAGCCAGCCACCGGAAAAUGUUGUAUGGAAUGCAACUGACUCUAAGGUAUUACUGAGCUGGGAACAAGUGAAAGCAAUGGAAAAUGAGUCAGAAGUAACUGGAUAUAAAGUUUUCUAUUGGACCAGCAGCCAAAGUAACGUGAAAGUGCUGAACACAAAUAAAACAUAUGCUGAACUUUUCCUGCCUACCAACGAAGACUAUAUUAUCGAAAUAAAGGCCAAAACAGAUGGUGGAGAUGGAACUAAUAGUGAACAGAUCAGGAUUCCAAGACGUGCAAGUCAGAAUGCCAGAGGAUCAAGUGCCCCAGUCAUAAGGGUCUCCCUUUUCCCAACCUGCAUACCAAUAGUAAUCUUCCUCAUUGUUCAUGUUGCCUUCUGGUGAUUGAUGUUUUCUUUCCCUGCAACGGUUGGUUACAAAAAAGUGCUUUCUCAAAUGCAGUGAUUAUGCAUGGUUUUCUCCUGUUCUAUUUUUAAAAAGUUUCUAUUUCAUUGUUAUUUAAAAUACGAAUACAACACGAAACAUGAGUAAGUCCUUCUAAGGAAUCUGAAAUGCCUUAAUACCUAAUUGAUGAACCAAAGGAAUUUAAGAAUUACAUCCAUCAGACAUAUUCUAAAAAUGUUAAGAGUAAAAGCAUUAUCCAAAAAUGGAGAACCUCACAAAAGCUUAGAAGCACUUUUUCUUAAGCCAAGCACUAUUUUUCCAGUAAAACUGCAUUGUUUUGAGAAUUUCAUGAGGUGUUUGUAUUGAGAUGCUAUUAUUGAAAUUGACAGAAAAAAUCUAUGUUUAUGUAAAAUGAUCUCCAUUUUGAUGGCAAACCUUGAAUAGAUUUGACUACUUAAAAGCAGUGUGCUUACAAGUUGUAUUUUUUCAAAGUGUGCAUACUGUGUUCUUUACUAUGUGAUGUUUUCGCUAUUAACUUAAUUACAUUGCAAGAUGAGUAUUU